UAAAUCACAACGCCCUUCUAAAAGGUUAUGUAUAUCGAUACAGGAUUUUAAAACCAAGAUCGUUUAUAAUAUUUGAAAUAAGUUACUCAACUUUCACCAUUAUUAGAGAGAUGAAGUUCGGGAGCUUCGUUUCUUCUAUUUUCGUCCUAAAUAUGUGACACAACGUUGCGGUUGUUAUUUCGUUAGACGUGAAAAAAAUUUACUGCGAAACUGAUCGGUAUAACUUGUUACGUACAUUUCAAAGAAUGUUAUAUUUCUGCUGAGGACAUCAAAUCCAUAAACAACAUGAACAAAACACAGUGGUGCUCGUGUAUGUUUGAAAGUAUUAUUCCAUAUUUAAUAUAUUGUUAUUCUAAUUUAGUGUUUUGUUAUGCACAUUUCACCCGAUUUUCCGAUUGGACUGCUUUAUAAGACGCACACUGUUAAAUAUUUGCUACACAAUUAGUUUGGCAAGUUAUACAGUUUUUAAAGAAGAGGGAAAACAUUCGUUUUUUUAAAUAAGGGUGUUUCAUGUGUCCAUCUUCCCAGCAGCGCCCUCUGCUGUGCGAUUGGUGCCACUAAAAGCACGGCCUGUAAGCAUGAGCGCUCCAUGGGCUGCAAUCACACAGUACACUGAUACUCUGUAAAGCUUUUGAAUGCAGAUGGCGACCUUUUUCGGCGAAGUCUUAUCCGUUUAUUCGCGGGCCGUAGAGGAGGAUGAGGAGGAUGACCAUGAAAACGAAGAGGAUCAGCAAAUUCGGAGUGAAAUAGAGGAGAAAAGGAAGGUCCACGUUGAGUGGUGUUCGGAGGUGAAAAACGAGCUGGCGACUUCCGCAGAAAAAGGAUUACAUUGUUCCGAUUUAGUUGUGGCUGUGGGCCCAAAUGCUGCAGGCUUCCUCUCCGCGUAUGUCCUGAGCUCGGAGAUUUGGUCCCCCGUGGGCUCGGUGUCCAUCUGGAAUGAGAGGAACCCGGGUUCGGGUGCGAUGCUGCAGAGCGAGUCCAGCUGUGUCUUCUACAGGCAGAAAGAUUCACCUUCAGUUCUGAUAUGCCAGUGCACCUGUUACAUAGCUGAAGAUCAGUUAUUCCAGUGGGCAGAAAGUGUGUUCUCAUGUAUCGAGAAGCGUGGGCUCAACGUGACUGUGCUGUCGGACUGCUCCCUGGCCGAGUUUAAAACCACAGAAUCCAUGUCCAGUACCUCGCCGUUUCUCCGCGCUCUAAAAACCGGCCUGUACCGAAGCCAGAUUUCCUGCCCCCUGCUGGAGCAGCCAAAUAUUGUCACAGGUCUCGCAGCUGCAGUGGUCAGCCACUGCCAAGUUCACCAGAUCCCUGCAGUUCUCUACCAGAGCUACAGUGAUGUCAUCACCCCGGACUCGGUCACCAUGGAGACAUACAAACCUGCCUUCUUAAAUCUGAGCAGGCUUAUAAAGCUUGAUGCUAACCCAAAUGCCGAUGUCCUCAAGAAGUUGAUACGAAUCAGUGACCCUCAAAGCAACAUGUAUACCUGAAACAUACUAAUGAUUUUGAAUUAUUUUAGUAUCGUCAAAAUGCUUUUUCUGCUGAACUAUAAUUUUUCAAUGCAAAGGUGCAAAAUGAAACCCCUUGUUUGUCUGUGUGUUUCUUGCCUAACAUUCAAACCAUCUGCAGCAGUUGCUCUAUAAUAUACUCUAAGAAGAUACUCUAUGUACAGGAAUUUAUCUGUAGGGGAACGGCCAAGUUGGACAGAUGGCAUUUAGAUUUAGGCAAAAUCGCGUUAGGUGAAUGCCAUUCAAUUUAAUUUUCUUAUGGAUGGAGGGAUUGGUGUUUUAUAUUCUGUUCUGGGCGGGGUUUUGUGGUUCACGGGUUUUGUGGUUCAUCUCCGGUCUGUUUUCUUAAACCAGGGACCCUCAGGUGAAAAGUUGAACAGCUCUGUCCUAAACAACCAAAACUGUGUUCAAAGUUGAGUUGAUGGGGUGGUGCAAGUGCACUUCACUGAAAUACACACUAGAGGGCAGAAGAUGAUCAACCAGCUGCCAGGGCACAUCAGUCACAGUAUGCAAAAAAGAAGGAACGGCUUAUAAAGCGCUUUAGUGAGCCACCCGCACUGUGUCCUUAAGCAGGAAACUGAACCAUAAUGGAGGCAAUAUUUUAGUUCUCUUUUUCUCUUUUCAUGGCCCCAAGUAUCAUUAGCAUGUGUUUCCCAUAUGAAUUUCCAGCUGUGUAGUUCUUUAGCUAUAAAACGGCAUCAUCAGUCAGGUAACCCCCCCCUGCACCCCGCCUACCCCCUUGCUCCAAAAUAAAUUGUUUGCUGAGCUUCCGGUGAGCUUUCUGGAGCUCUGCCCCUCGUUUACAGUCAUUCAGAAAAGUCUUCCAGCAGGGUGUCUGAAACUAACGGCAACAGAAGGAGCAAACAGAAACACAAUCAUCUUUACUGAUGAACAGGACCAGUCAGUCUUGCUUAGGACCGGUACUUUUGCACGGAUCUCAGAAGCUUGGCAUAAAUCCUACAUUAAAAUCACAAUUCCAUUACUAGUCAUUCUUUGUAAAUGUGCAAGUUGUUAGCCUGAUUUUCAGUUACUGGAUGUGACAAAUUAACUUUUCAUUACUGAAAAAUGAUCAUUUGUUAUUGUUCUCUGGUUUAUUGGACCUAUGAAAAUGAAAUGUGUGUCUUUCAGGUUUGAAAAUAAUAAAUCUUAUUUCCCAUGAACAUGACCGCAAUAACCAGUUAGUACAGGGCUUCCCAAUCUGCUCCUCUGGGAUCCACAGUCGGUCCAUGUUUUUGCUUCCUCCCAGCUCCCUGCCAGACAGUGCAUGUUUUUGCUUCCUCCCAGCUCCCUGCCAGACGUGGACCGUCUCUGGGUCCCUGAGGAGUAGGUUGGAAAUCACGGAAAAUGUAAAUUCAUGGUUCUGCCUGUCUUCAGGUCUAAAAAAAUGAGAAACGUAGACUGAAAGAAGGGCCGCCAACAAAGGUGAAUUUGCGCCGUGACGUAUGUCCCCGCAUCACUGCGUUUGUGCGAGAGAUGGGGCAGGUGUUUCAUCACAUACUCAGUAAGUUCACAUGCUCCAUUCUAAUCUUGACAGUACCACUGAUAACAUUUUCACAUUAUUAUUGAAGUUGGAAUUACGGUCUAUAACACACUCUGGUUAGAAUGUCUAACAAGGUAUAAAUGGAAAACUCAGCACUCAGUGAAUGUCCUGGCUUACUCAUGCAUUGUAUGCGUUUUUGCGGGCACUUCACGUGGUAUGGAUUUGCUUGCUAAACCCAGCAUAAAACCCAAAGUAAUUGGCUUGGUGAACUGUGGGUAAAGCUGUACCGUGCUUAGGAUUACCCUCAUCCUCUGUAAGCCUGCAAAUAAAUAAUUGAACAUGA